UCGAUCCUCCCGGACUCACCUCACUCUAUUAUCUGUUACUGCCGAAUACCUCAUCCUACGACUUGUCUAGGACUUCGAAUAGUAGACACCACCCCCCCGUUGCUGUCACGAACGUGUUUUAUCGAUCGACAACAGAGCGAACUCGCUUACACGCCCUGGUGCACUUACAACUUGAACCACAAAAACACCAACUACACCACUUACCACGAUAGAGCAACGCUGCUCACAUCACAACCAUCCUCUAUGGCGGCGCAUCUACCUACAAUCAACUUCAACCCUUUAGCUCCCGUCACACCUCCGCCCGAGCAUCUCUCCUUCCGGAAACCUGCACUUCCCCUGUCUGCUCAACUGAAACGCAAGGCCGCCGAGGCCAACAUCACCAAUGAUCAUGUCACAAUGAAGAAGGAGCAAUCACCAUUCAACAACCCGUCCAUGGCCCCUCCAAAGCCGACGUCGAUUCCUAGUGCGAAUGCAGACCCGAACCAGCCGCCCAUGGAUCCCCGAUAUGUCGCUAUGGUUUCACGCAUCGCCGCCUAUUACCAGCAACGCUGCCAGGCUAUCUCCAACGCGCAGCAGCAAAGAUGCCAGGCUUGGGCCAACAUGCACAGGCAAAAGUGUCAAGAGAUGAUGCAGGCAGCCAUGUUGGUGGUCGCGUGGUACAUCCGCGACCGGAUUCAGCGGAGACGCCGGAGGCAAAAGAAGCAAUUCCGCACCGGCUUGAGGGCGCAGAGCACCCGGUCCCGCGUCACGAAGGGCGAAGGAGUACGGCGCUGGGUCAUGAAUGUGCCCGAGGGCAUGUCAUCACCGCACAUUCCGGGGCUCGAUGACCUCGCUGACCAAGAGGAAGCCCACUUCUCCAUGGACAAGGAGGUCCCACCCGACAAAGACGCCAAGCUAUUUGAAAUGGCCGACAACAUGAUUAGGAGUCAGUACCGCAAGGAUGGAUCCGAACUCGUUCACCGCGGUACGGGCACUGGCACCGGAAGUCGGGGCAAGGACUCUGGCUUGUCAUCUUGAAGUUGGUGUUUGGGGACCUUUGGUUUGCUUCUUUCUCGGCUUUUUGCUUUUUUAAUGUGUGGCGUUCAACGGCGGGCAUGGAUGGACAACGAUGUGACGAUUGGAUUAGUUACCCUGGGCGAUCUACAUACCUUGCUAUUUUGGCCACUCUGCACGUAGUAUCUUUAUAUCCUG